CGUGUGGUCUGCUGGACGGCGUUAGACCCGCGUCCUUUCGUCUUCCCAGGCGCAAUGAUGGCGCGCCCUGGUGAAGCCACGUCGCCCCUUUCCCAUCUCUCCUCGCCUAUAUAAAGGCUUCCAACCCCAUUCCUCCUUCACUUUUCGAUCUCGCGUCCUUCAAGCUCUUACCGGUCAAGUCCUUGCUUUCGCUCUCCAGCCCUCCGAGUCAAGUAAGUCUCUUCCCUUUUCUCGACUUCUUCUUCUUUUUUCUCCGCUUUUCUUUCCGGCCAAUGUCUUCUUCCGAUAGCCAAGACAUUUCUGCCUCAGAUGCCCACGCAUCUGAGGAAUCCCCGUCUUCCUCUUCGUCGACCGGGUCAUCUUCACCCGUUCUUGGACCCCGGUCGGUUCCCAAGCCCAAUAUCCCAGAACCGCGGCUGGGGGCUGCUCAGGCCGGGAACGUCCCGGUGAAUCCUCCCCUCGAUAAGGGAAAGGGGAAGAUGAGGACGAAGAAGACCGCCACCACCCAUCCAGCGGCGAAGAGGAGAAGGGGGGAAAACGCCCCGGGUGCAGAGUCGAUGGAAGAGCUUUGGGUCAAGAUGACUCUCAAGCUGAAAGAGCUGGAAGAGAAGUUGAAGAGAUCCGAGGCCCACAACCGGGAGCUCAAGGACCUGACGGCCCGGCAGCUAGAUGAGGUGGCCAAUCUUUCAGCGAUUGCCGGGGGGGCCAAGGCAGAGACUCUCCAGCUGAAGGAAGAGAACCUGAAGCUGAUGGAGGAGUUGGAAUCCAAGGAGCGUGAGUUUCCCGGUAGGGCCCGCCAGUGGAUGGAGGACAAUCUAGUAGAAGCUGCCCGGAUCCUCACCUCUUCUGAGGAGAGGACCAUGGAGGGCUUUAGGCUGCUGUACCGGGAGGAGCAAGGGAAAGAAAUGAUCACCCAGAUUAGCUCCUAUGGCUUUAUGUCUGGCCAGAAACAAGACCGGGAGGCUACCCAUGCAAUCCUUGCUGAACGGUUUCCGGAUUUUAAUGCUGAAUCAUAUGGACUGGCCCCCAUCCCGGACGAAGAACCUACACCUCCUUUUCCUCUCGAGUAAUCUUCCCGGCUGCGACCGGUUGAAUCGUUUUGUAAAACUUCAAACUCAUUUCCUCGGGAAUGCCCGGUGUAGCUGUAAAACACUUGACUUUCUUAUUUUGUUGAAUUCCAUGUUUGUUUUUCGUACCGGUUAAUCUUCCAUAUCUGCUUGCUUCUUGAUUGAUACUUCGUUAUUGCUUCUUAGAAUACCAUCAUAGAAACUCUGACCGGUACAUAAAUCAGGCCACUCCUC